AUGACGACCCCCCCAGAACCCGAAACAAUCGUCAUAAUUGGAGCCGGCGUACUAGGCCUCAGCACAGCCCUAUACCUCCAAUCCCAAUCCCAAUCCCACAGCACCUCCUCCAACACGAAAAUCCUCCUCCUCGCCCGCGACUUCCCGCACACCACCUCCCUAAACUACACCUCCCCCUGGGCGGGCGCACACUACCGCCCCGUCCCCGGCACCUCGCCGCAACAUCGCCGCGAAGCCCUCCAAGCCCGCCGCACCUACACCCACCUCAAGACCCUGGCCGCCACGCAACCCGGCGCGGGCGUCGCGCGCUGCCCCGCGGUGGAGCAUCUCGAGCAGCCGCCGCCCGAGUACCUCGAACCAGAAAGUAUACAAGCUGCGUAUGCCAACGUGGACGGGUUCCGGCGCUUGUCGGGGCACGAACUGCCGGAGGGGGUGCGGUGGGGGGUCGAGUAUGAGACCGUCGUCAUAAAUCCGCCGGUGUAUUGUCAGUGGAUGCUUGAGGAGUUUGUGCUACGCGGGGGGGAAGUGAGGGAGUAUACGGUGGGGGAUGUGCGGGAGGCGUUUUUUGUUGGGGCGGGAAGGCAAAGGAAAAGGAGGGUGAGGACGGUGGUGAAUUGUUCGGGGUUGGGGUUGGGGGCGGAUGAGAAGGCUUUUAUUAUUCGAGUUCGGAACCCAUGCGCCGUGACGAUGACCCGCCAGAAUAGUGAUGGGUCGUGGUCAUUCUGUAUCCCCCGGCCGCUGGGAGGCGGCACGAUCAUUGGGGGCACCAAGCAGCCGCAUGACUGGGAUCCGUACCCGUCACCGGACACGCGAGCCCGGAUCCUGGCGAAUGCGGCCAAGUGGUUCCCUUUUGCGGAGGGGAGUGAGGGGAAGUUUGAUGUCAUUCGAGAUAUUGUGGGGCGGCGGCCAGCCAGAGAGGGUGGCAUGCGGAUUGAGGUCGAACGGCUGGAGGCCGGCGAUGGGGAGCGCAACGUUGUCCAUGCGUAUGGGGCUGGUGGACGCGGCUUUGAGAUCUCGUGGGGUGUAGCUGAGGAUGUGUUUAAGCUCAUGGCGGAGCAUGGUCUGGUCCAGCAGAAGGCCCUGCUGUAG